AUGACCUCCGCAGCCAAACGCCGUCUCGACGCUCUCUCCCAACAACUCGUCGAAGGCAUACCAGACGCAGGGCAAUACGAAAACAUCCCUCGAGUCCGCCAGGUAGCGGGUGCGAACAGCGCAACUGGUAUUGGGAGAGCGACUGUGCAUCAGUUGGCACGGAACGGCGCGAGAGCAAUCUAUAUCUGCGAUUGGGACGAUUCUAACCUCGAGACGCACAAGAAGGAAGUAAAGGAGUUGUACCCGGAGGUUGAAGUACAUGCUAUUAAGCUGGAUGUGGGUGAUGAGGAGAGUGUGAAGAGUGUGUGUGAGGAUGCGAUAAAAAGGUAUAAGAGAUUAGAUAUCAUGUUUGCAAAUGCGGGUGUGGUGGGUGCGAGGACGACGUUUGUGGGAAUUGAUGCUAAGCAGUAUAUGGAUACGAUGCGGGUGAAUUCGCUGGGAGUGUUUCUGUGUGCAAAGUAUGCUGCCAUUGCAAUGCAGCAGACCAGCGAGGAGAAGAAGUUCCCUGGUGGAAGUAUCAUCGGCACAGCGAGUGUUGCUGGCUUAAGAUCGAAUGCUGGUGCAACCGAUUAUAGCGCGUCUAAGGCAUCGGUUGUGUCGCUUGCUCAAACGAUGGCGUACCAGCUUACUGGAACUGGCGUGAGGAUGAAUGCGAUUUGUCCGGGUGUGAUCGAAACUGGGAUGACGAGAGCUAUGUAUGACCAAGCGAGAGCAAGAGGCACGGAGAAGAAAAUUGGCCAACUCAAUCCGCUGAGGAGGGGCGCAGUCGCUGAUGAGGUCGCAAGAGUAGCUCUGUUCUUGGCUAGCGAUGAGGCCAGCUAUGUUAACGGACAGGCGUGGGCGAUAGAUGGUGGACUGAGCGCGGGGCAUCCAUUUGUGCCAGGAAAGUUAGGAUAG